AUGAAUACAGUUCAGUUCGGUUCAGCCUUUGCCAGCAGCGUAACUGUCGUUGGCGGGGGGCACAGUGGUCACUGUCUCUGGCCCAACGUCGUCUCGGUCGAUAUGAGCGCCUUUCAAAAAAUAUACAUUCUCGCGGCCGGAGAAGAGGGAGAAGAAUCGGAUUUUAAUUCCGAACCUUUAGUCGUCGUCGAGGCUGGCUGCAAGACGGGUGACAUUGUCCGAGAGACCAUGGCGGCGGGCGUGACAGUGCCCCUAGGGGCUCGCCCAAGCGUCGGCGCGGGAUUAUGGCUACAAGGCGGAAUUGGUCACCUCGCCAGGCUGCACGGGCUCGCAUGCGACGCAAUCGUCGGGGCCGUGGUGGUCAGCGUCGACUCGGGCCAGGUCCUCUGCAUCGGCCGUGUGCCAAGCCAACACCAGCCGACUGCCGCCGUGCGCCCAGAAAACGGUGAUGCUUUAUUAUGGGCAAUGAAAGGCGCCGGGACCAACUUUGGUAUCGUAGUCAGCGUUACUUUCAAGGCAUACGCAGCCCCUACCUACCUGAUUCGAAACUGGGUUGUCCCGCUGGACGACAACGCCGAUGCGCAGGCCAAGCUCAGUGAUUUUGAUGAAUUGGUCGCUACAGAGGUCCCUAGGAACGGCUGUGCAGACGCUUAUUUGUAUUGGGACACCGGCCGGCUGCGUCUCAGUGUGACGAUGUUCGAGUCCUCCGUGACUAGGCUCAGCCUGGAAACACCCACACCAACGCAUACGCUCAUGAGCACAAUCCUGGGGCCAGAAUAA